AUGCAAACCAGCGGAGCAGCAGUUAAAGCACAGUGUGUGUGUGUGUGUGUGUGUGUUUCAGUAGCUGUACAGACACACAGUGCUGGUCUGGAAUCAGUGUCUGAGCGCGUCCAUAAACACACACCUGCGUCGGCUGCUCUGGAGUGUCGCAGAGAGGAUUAUGGGAUGGAGAGAGUUCAGCCGUCUCAGAGUUCACUUCCUCUUCCUCUUCCUCUUCCUCCUGCGGCGUUAACAUCAGCCCCGCUGAACAAGGCGCGUGAAUCCAGCGGCUCCUCCGAGUUUCUGUGUUCGGUGUGUCAUAAAGCGUUUCCGCUGCAGCGCAUGUUGACGCGUCACCUGAAGUGUCACAGUCUGAUAAAGAGACACCCGUGCAGGUACUGCGGGAAGGGCUUCAACGACACCUUCGACCUGAAGAGACACAUGAGAACACACACAGGUAUCCGCCCGUACAGGUGUGAUCUGUGUGAGAAGGCCUUCACUCAGCGCUGCUCUCUGGAGUCGCACCUGCGGAAGAUCCACGGCGUGCGGCAGCAGUACGCGUACCGUCAGCGCCGCUCCAAGAUCUUCGUGUGCGAGGACUGCGGCUUCACAUCCAGCCGGCCGGACGAGUACUUCCUCCACGUGAGGCAGCAGCACCCGAGCAGCCCGGCCCUGCGCCGCUACUACCGCAAACACCUGCUGGAGAGCCCGUCGCAGCACGGCAUCGGCCCCUUCAUGCUGUACCCCGCCGCCGCCGGCCUCUACAUGUGAACACUAAACACGAGUGCGCAGUACUCACAUCACACCUGAUACCCAGCUGACAGGGAACGUUCUGUCAAGGUUCUCUCAACGUUAUGAACAAACGUUCUUCCAUUAACGUUAAUAGAACGUUCGUUCAAAAUUAUCUGGUCUUUAAUAAUGUCCUCAAAACAAAAACAUUAUUUAUAUAUUGUUCAAGGAGCGUUUUUACCAGAAACGUUCAGUUGGAAGUUUCAUGUAACGCUUUUUUAAAAAACUGUUUUUGGGGUUGAAGCACCUAAAAGUGAUCGUCAGACCAAACCGUAAGUUGUAGAGACUUGAAACUUUGAGGGCUGGUAGUAUUUACACCGUCUACAACGUAACCAAGGCUUGCCCCGAUCGGCCUGAUGGGGGCGCUACAGCAGUCAAAAGUACGAAAUGGCUCAUAACUCUGAAAUUUUCAGGUAUUUUGGAUUUUUUGAAAAACCUACUUUUGCGAACGAGGUUUUUGGCCCGAUCGAAACUAAACCAGUGCAGUGAGAUUCUCCGGAGUCUUAUUGACAAUAGGUAUCAAAAAAAGUUGAAAUUUCGAUUCACGGUCUCUAAGGGGCGCCAAAACACUUGAAGUGGGCGGAGCCACUUUUACUAAAAUGGCUAUAACUCGUGAACUGAAUGAGAUAUUUUCACUAAACUUGGUACACAUUUGUAUGGGCUCAAUCUUCAAUCACAGUAAAAAAAUGGCGGCUAUUGAACACUUGAUGGCGCUAUAACAUGAAAAAAAACCAUGAAAACAGCUAUAACUCUGCAACUGUUAGUCGAUUGACUUGAAAAUUUGGCAUGCAGUGUCUUUGUUCGAGGUGCCAUGAUUGUCUAUGAGGACGUUGGUGUAUCUCGAAAAAUGAAUUUUGAGCACCUAUUAGACAAGGUUAACGGAGGCCGAUCGGGUCGAAACUCAAUGGGGCUGUUCGACUAAGAAUUUUGAAAGCAAUCAGCCACUAGGUGGCAUUAACGAGUUUUACACCUCUGUAAUCAUGUGGUGUUUCACACAUCAACACAAUAUUCAUAUAAUUUGAUAGAUCUCCUCAUGCUGAGCAACUUUGCCUCACAGUACCAAUGCUGUCAAUCAAAUUGUUCAUUAAAUAUUCAUGAUUAUGUAAAAAACUACUUUUGUGAACUAGUCCAAGGUUUAUAGCCUGAUUGGAACCAAACCAGUGCAGUACAAUUCUCUGGACUCUCCAGAUCAAUAAUUAUCAAAACUUUGCUAUAACAGGGUCAUUUAGAAAAUGGGCGUGGCCAAGUGCUUGCCAAAGCCUAUAACUCCGAAACGAAAACUCAGAACUUCACAAAAAUCUAUGAACACAUGCGGCAUGUGACUCUAAAGAAGCUUGCAGAAUUUUAUGGAGAUCAUGUGAUUAAAGGCCUUAACGCGCUUGAACCCCGAUAAUUGCUGCUCGCAGCUAUAUUUAAAAAUUGACAUUUCAGAGAAUGUUUAGAAAGAAUGUUUUCAUAACUCAAUGGGAACGUCAGCAGAACGUUCUUAGAACAUAUUUUGUUAGCUGGGUAUGACAUGCAAUAUUUUCUUAUUUAUUUUAGCAUUCGAGGAAUUAAAGAUGCAGCAUAGAUGAUGACAAUGUAAAAUACUUCUGUUUUUAAUGCUUGUUGUUGUAUAAUGUGUGCUGUUUCACAUGAAGUAUGCAGUAGACUAUUCCACUCUGAACACAGAACACUCACACGACACUUUUGUGUCACUUUCAAGGGCAUUGUAAUGACCUCAGAGUUUGGUUGGCAGGACAGAACUAUCUGGGGGAAAAAUGUUACAGAAAACAAAUGAGAACACAUGAAUCUUUAAUAAUAAAUAAAAAUGUUUUGUUUUUUCACAUAAUAUCACUAAAUAAUAUCUGUAUAUAUUCCAUGAAUGUAAAUGAUGACAGAAUUCUCUCUUUUGGAUGAAAUAUUCCUAAGCUGAGGUUCAUGAGUUAAAACAAAAAAACUAAUAAAACACUUACUAGAGAAGCGUGAACAUGUGAAAGUGUUGUUAAAUGAUUGAAAUAUUAAAUUAAAAUAUAUUUUUGCUCAAAGGCUGACAGAAACGUUUGGGAAUCGCUUUAGGGAUUCUGUUUCGAGCUUGUCAUUACUGUUACCUGAGGCGGUCGACUGCCAAGCAUGAUGGGAAUCCCAUGAUGCUCCGUGUGGAAAGGCUGUAAUAUCUUAAGACAAGGACCUUCAUCCUCCAGAGCCAGUCAAACAGCAGAGCUCAGAUUCUCCACUAGAGGGAGUGAUGCACUGAACACAAUCACAGAUGUAUUAUCGCAGAGCAGUGACAGUCUUACAAUCACAUUAAAGACCUGCACAAAUGAAAUUAAUAUCAUAUGAGUGAUGCAGAGCAAGAUCUAUGAUAACAACCAAUUUUUUAUGAGUGUUUACGGUGAACAGCUGUGGAAUAAAGCUCACUCAGGAUCAUCAUGUUCCUCCAGAUGUUCAAUGUAAACUCAAAAUCACACUGCGAUCCGCAUCAGCCAAACCUGAUAAGAGACAGAAAACACGUCGUACAAGCCACGCCCACUGCAUACAGAAGACACGCCUACUCCACACAGAUCAUUCAAGCCACGCCCACUGCAUACAGGAGACGCGCCUACUCCACACAGAUCAUUCAAACCACGCCCACUGCAUACAGAAGACACGCCUACUCCACACAGAUAAUUCAAGCCACGCCCACUGCAUACAGAAGACACGCCUACUCCACACAGAUCAUUCAAGCCACACCCACUGCAUUAGAAGACAGAAGACAUGCCCUGCCCACUCUGCACACAUCAUACAAGCCACACCCACUCCAUACAGAUAAUACAAGCCACUCCCACUGCGUACAUCAUACAAGCCACGCCCACUUCACGCAGAUAAUACAAGCCACUCCCACUGCAUACAAAUCAUAUAAGACAUGUCCACUCCACACAGAGCACGCAAGACACGCCCACUCUACUCAAAACAUACAAGCCACGCCCACUCCACACAGAUGACAGAAGCCACACCCACUCCAUCCAAAGCAAAGGUCAGUUCACUUGUGAUUAUCAGGACUCAUUACUGUCCACCCUGCUGAAAAAACACUUUAAACUAAUAAGUCUUAUCUGAUCUUUAGCUGGAACUUUUCAGCAGCGUGAACCAGACGAGACCAGCAAACAUGUACAUCUGUA